AUGUUUUUUGUUGCAGGUAAGAAAUUGGGUCCAUUAAAAAUGCCAAAACCCGAAAGUCCACCAAAUCUGAACUUGGAUGAUAAGUGUUUAAUGCGAUUCGAUGAUCAGAGUGACGAAAUUGAAGUGCGUGCACAAGAUUUGGAGAAGAUUGAAGAGUUAGGAAGGGGCGCGUAUGGCGUGGUCGAGAAGAUGAGGUUGAGUGGUACGGAGAUCAUAAUGGCUGUUAAGAUGGUUCGAUUUUACGGUGCGAUGUUUAGAGAAGGUGAUGUGUGGAUUUGUAUGGAGGUGAUGGACACAUCAUUGGAUAAGUUUUAUCGUAUGACAAUCGAUUCGAAGAAACUUUUAUCGGAGAUGUUCAUCGCAAAAUGCGCUCUUGCGGUGGUAGAAGGAUUGAACUUUAUGAAAGAGGAAAUGAAGCUGAUACAUCGUGAUGUGAAGCCAUCGAAUAUUCUACUGAACAAACAGGGUGCAGUGAAAAUUUGUGACUUUGGCAUUUCGGGACAUUUAACAAACUCGGUGGCGAAAACAGUGAACGCUGGUUGUAAGCCGUACAUGCCCCCGGAACGAAUAGAGGGUGAGAAGAAGGUGGCGUACGAUGUGCGAGCUGAUGUGUGGAGUUUAGGCAUAACGUUGGUGGAGAUCGCAUCCGGUUCACAUCCAUACGCCAAAUGGAAAACACCAUUUGAACAGCUGAAACAAGUGGUACGAGAACCAGCGCCACAGUUGUCGAGCACAUUGAAUUAUUCGACGGAAUUUCAGGAUUUCGUAUCGAACUGCUUAACAAAAGACUACAAUCGACGACCAAAAUAUCCGGAAUUGCUGAGGCAUCCGUUCGUGGAGAAGGCCAAGCGAGAGCAGUUCGAUAUGGGUGCGUACAUAAAGGAGAUCAUGGAGGCGGACGAGAGGGGACGUGAGUCGUUGCUGCAGAACGUGAGCAUGGUGGUGGACGAACAGCCGGCGGUCACUGCGCUUCACCACACCUCUGCAUCCUCUUCGAACCGAACCACUCCCACCGAGGCCAUGAUGCAGCAGAGUUAA